AUGCUGAACCAUUUUCAUUUACACUUGAGUCCAUUUAUCAUCUUUUCCCAAAUCGCUUGUUUCUACAUGAAGGUAAGUCUAAAAUACCUCAUAAAUCAUUGCUAUAUACUGUUUGCAGUAUGAUCAUCUCCAUGUAAUCCUUCAAAUAGUCUGUGCUGCCUUUUACAUUGUGUUAAUUAUACUUGAAUGUGUUCGGCCAUAUCUGGGGUACUACGGAAAUUUGAGUGAAAAAGUAAGUAAAAAUUAGGUAAUCAGAUAGCAAAUGAAUUUUAAAAUAAUUUUUUAAUGUUUUUUCUACAUGUAUUAAAGUUUAGAUACCACCGUUGUCCGGUUAUUGCGCAGUUACAAGCCUUUUUAACAUCCCGAUCAACGUAUUCUUCCUGUUUUAUCCGGAUGUCCGCCCGUUGCCUUUGGAAAAGAUGAUUUUUUCGUUCACUUUGACUUUUUACAUCUUUGAGGUGAGUAACUCAAAGUGUAAUUGAAAAAAAUAUUAUAUUCAAAAGAAUAAUUUUUUUUGACCUUAUUUUAGCUAAUCAUCUCGGCCCAUUUGAUUUAUCGAUUAUCCCGGAAGCAGAUACGUCUGAUCAAAGAGCAAAUGGACAGCGAGCCUAAAAUACGAAAGAAGUCGAAAUAA